UAUGCAAAGUAAACCCGUGUAAAAAAAAUAUCCUGAGCGUAUUUUAGUCUUAAGGAAUCAUAGACUCUUCGCCGUUGUCGUUCGGUUGUGGUUCGUGAAGAUGACGGCAGAGCUCAGGCACCGUGGAGCCAAAGACACCGAGGCGACUUUACAGCAGCAGCCGUCUGAGGACAAGGGAUCAGAUAAUGAGCUGAAGUCAGAGAAAGAUGACGGGGGAGACAGCCACCCCAAAGGGGAAUCAGGAGUCCCGGAGGUGCCAGUCCCACCUGAUGACACCCCGGAGGUGUUAAACAAAGCCUUGUCCGGACUUUCCUCAAGAUGGAAGAACUGGUGGGUUCGAGGGAUCCUCACUCUGGCAAUGAUUUCUUUCUUCUUCUUUAUAAUUUACCUGGGCCCCAUGGUGCUUAUGAUGAUUGUCAUGUGUGUUCAGAUCAAGUGCUUCCAAGAAAUCAUCACCAUUGGUUACAGUGUUUACCAUUCGUACCAUCUGCCAUGGUUCAGGACAUUGAGUUGGUACUUCCUGCUUUGUGUCAAUUACUUCUUCUAUGGUGAGACGGUCACGGAUUACUUCUUCACGCUGGUGCAGAGGGAAGAGCCGCUUCGCAUCCUAAGCAAAUACCACCGCUUUAUCUCCUUUGCGCUCUACCUCACAGGUUUCUGCAUGUUUGUGCUGAGCUUGGUGAAGAAGCACUACCGCCUUCAGUUCUACAUGUUUGGCUGGACCCACGUGACUCUGCUGAUUGUUGUAACGCAAUCUCACCUCAUUAUUCACAACUUGUUUGAAGGGAUGAUCUGGUUUAUUGUGCCAAUUUCCUGCGUGAUCUGUAAUGACAUCAUGGCCUACAUGUUUGGUUUCUUCUUCGGCCGCACCCCUCUCAUUAAGCUGUCGCCUAAGAAGACGUGGGAGGGAUUCAUCGGUGGCUUGUUCGCCACCAUUGUGUUUGGCAUCUUGCUCUCCUAUGUGAUGGCAGGCUACCGCUACUUUGUAUGCCCAGUGGAGUUCAACAACGAUUCCAACAGUUUCCAGGUAGACUGCGAGCCCUCUGAGCUUUUCCAGCUUCAGGAUUACGUACUUCCCAGCGUCCUUGAGUCUUUCACUGGAUGGACCACAGUGCGUCUCUACCCCUUCCAGAUCCACAGCAUCGCUCUCUCCUCUUUCGCUUCAAUCGUUGGGCCCUUUGGUGGCUUCUUUGCCAGUGGCUUCAAGAGGGCCUUCAAGAUUAAGGAUUUUGCCAACACCAUCCCAGGACACGGAGGCAUUAUGGAUCGAUUUGACUGCCAGUACCUCAUGGCCACAUUUGUGAAUGUGUACAUUGCUAGCUUUAUCAGAGGCCCCAACCCUAGCAAGGUGAUUCAGCAGCUCCUGGCCCUCCGGGCCGACCAGCAGCUCUAUAUCUUCAACUCUCUGAAAGCUCACCUGACAGAGAAGGGCUUGCUGCCUGCACUGGAGGAGGCUGUCGCCUAGAGUGGUGAAGGGAGGCACCAGGGAGACUCCUUGAUGAGGGACAGAGUCCACACAAAUGGCAGCCUCACGUCAUUCCAUUUAAUUUGGUUAGGAGAGUCCUGUGUGUAUUCUUACUCAAUGUGAACCACAUUAGAGCAGUGUUCUCCCAG